AUGGCCACACUCCUCUACACCGUAGUGCUAGCCGUGGCAUCUGCCGAUAGCAACGUCAAACAUAAUCACGCUCUCUUCAAUGGCAUCCUACCGCCGCCUGCAGUCUUCGGUCUGCACGGCUAUGUGCCUCUCAGCAAAGCGGGUCACGAGGUACCCGAAGGAACCAAAAUCUACGCCGACUUGGCCAACGCAAAUGGCACGGGACCGCACGUCGACUUCAUAUGGAUGCGGCGUGGUAUUCCGAGCUACCUCACUACGAAGCUGAAUCUCAGCAGAGAGUCGGUCGAGCAGAACCAUUACAGAAUCGUCAUGGUGGAAGGAGCCGCAAGGGUCGAAUUGGAUGCCGUAGCAUCCGCGCAGAAUCGCGACGCUGCUGACCUCAAGACGCGAGACGUGGGAGAUAUGGAGCUACAAGACUGCUUCGAUCUUCCGCCGCUACCCCAAGGGGCUGCUACUGCCGUAUGCCACAACAAUCAUGGCGCUCUUCUGAGGGAUUGCGACUCGCUCUACUGGGCGAUGACGGACGAAUUCUGUAACGAUUGGGACGAAGCAGACCGAGUCUACGGCAUUCAGCAUUCGUGCGCCAUAGUGGCAAAGAGGGCCAGGCUGGCUGCAACCUGCUUCAGCAUUCGCGAAGCCGCUUCGUACGCGCUGCCAAUCAUCCAUCAAUGCUGGGACGGCUACGCGUUUCCCAACUUGUUGUGGUUCCAAGACGCUGCCUGA